AUGCCAGAAUCUUUGAGAGAUCUCAAACUGUGGACGACUUUAAAAAAGUCCUCGAAGGGCAAACGGGAUGCUGACAAGGAAAAGUCGCCGCUCAGAAGAUCCUUUUCGCGCAAUUAUCAUGCCAUUCGUUCCAGGAAAUCAUCGCCCCCAGGUAACCACUUAAAUGACAGUGCCGAGUCACAACCGGCAAUCACGCACAGUGAACCAGCGUCACCGCUGGAAUCACCAAAGCCCAAUUUUUCGACAGAGAGUUCUCCAGCGUUUGAAACGUCACCCGCGAUGCUCGAUCGUGGACUCACCGGCAUAGACUACAACAAACUAGAACGAGGCGAGUAUUCACCUGCACCGAAAUCACCUGUGCAGCAAGAUGCAGUGAAACCCAAAUCUCGCGAAAGUAAAUUAUUACCUACUCUCGACUUGUUUCCUCGAGGAAACACCGAAGGCAAUCCCACAAUCCAUUCCAACGGUGCCAUGUCAGCACCACCGACGUGUCUCAUUGAACAUCCACCACGGGACAUGAAUCGCUCACCAUUACCAUCUCCAAGACUUCCCGACUGUUCCCAGAACCCCCAGGAUCCACAGAGACAGUCCCAAAUUACGAACUGGCUCUGGGCUCUAUACUACAACAACCAAAUUAUUUUCUACUGUGUUUUUGGUUUACUACUGAUUGCAUCUUCUAUAUACACUGCUCUGACUGGAAAAGGCUCCAAAUACUACGUGGUAAUUGUGAGAGCCACAAUAUGUUGGAUUAUGGGCUCUAACGUCAGUCAAAAUUUAUUGGGAGAUGGCUUCUGUUCGUUUGGUGAUAUAUAG